AUGAGUUCGGUGUUAGAAGUAAAGAGGUUAGAGUUGCAGUAUGCCGAGAGAGAAAAAGAGAAAGAUAGGAAAGAAAGGUUAGAGCAUGAGGAACGAGACCGAAAAGAGAGGUCAGAACGUGAAGAACGAGACCGAAAAGAGCGGUUAGAACGGGAAGAGCGUGAAUAUAAGUUAAAGUUAGAACAACUUAAAAUUAAACGUAAAACUGGAGGUGUUGCUCCGUUAGAAGAUAGUAAUACUAAUAGGUAUUUAUUUGAGAAAGAAGUAACUACUCUUCAAAGAGCAACUGUACUUGCUGAAAAUUUUAGGUUAUUAAGACCUCGCAAACCAGGUAACCAAUCCAGGAAGACACCAAGUAAGUCACCUCAAAACUCACCACCAACAAGUCCUUAUAAAUUAUCUGUUAAAUCUCUUGGCUCUGGUGCUAGUUCAAGUGUAACUUGUUAUUCAUGUGGUGAGGUCGGUCAUGUGAAAGCUAGAUGUCCCAAACAUUCUAGGAAGAAUGAAAGAAAGAGUAAAGGAGAGGAAUCUAAUUUCUCUUGUUGUUAUAUAAAUGCUGAGUCAGCUGGUGGCGUUGAUGGUUUCAAACCAUUCUGCUUUGAUGGCGUUUUGGUUGCUGGUGAUGAACAUAAUAAGGGUGUUGUUGUAAAGUUAAUGCGGGACACCGGUUCAUCGCAGAGUUUAGUUGUUAGAGGGGCAGUACCUGGGUUAGAAGACUGUCUUACCAAUGAUAAAGUAAUAGUUAGGAGCAUAGGUGGUUUGACUUCUUUGCCUCGGGCUAGAGUGCAUUUGGAUUGUGGCAUAUUCAAGGGUGAUAUCAUUGUGGGUAUUGUCGAGUCUCUUCCGAUUCCUUGCGUAGAUGUUCUUGUUGGAAAUGAUGCUGCAGGUAAUCGUGUGGUACCGGACCCAGUGGUAUGUGAUACUUCGUUGAAAGUCAGCCCUGUUCAGCAGUUGGAGGAUGUGGAACGUGAUUUGUUUCCAUCUUGUGUAGUUGAACGUAGCAGAGGCCUGCGUGGUAUUGUUUUGACUGAAUCUGUUCCUAGUAUUGAUGACCAGUUCAAUUCUGUUGAAUGUGGUGCUAGGUCUGCAGUUGAGGAUGACAAGCCUUUGUUUAAGAAUGCAUUGACAGAGAAGGAGAGUAUAGCAGAAUCUACAUGUUACUACUUAAAAGCUGGAGUGCUAAUGAGGAAAUAUAGAGCAAGUACUGCAGUGGCAACUGCCUCUUGGGAAGUUAAACAUCAGUUGGUGGUUCCAGCAUCUCUGAAAAAUGAUGUGAUGAGGGUGGCCCAUGAAGUCUCUACUACUCAUCUUGGGAUUAAGAAGACAGCAUACAGUAUAUUGCAAUAUUUUUAUUGGCCUAGCCUUUUGCGUGAUGUGAAGGUAUUCUGCAAUUGUUGCAUAACCUGUCAAAAAGUAGGUAAGCCAAACCAAGCACCUAAACCAGUGCCUUUGGUCCCUCAAGUAGUCUGUAAUGUUCCUUUUGAAAAAAUUAUUAUUGACUGCGUUGGACCUCUACCAAAAACAAAAAGACAGCAUCAAUACAUGUUGACUAUAAUGUGUUCUAGUAUUAGAUAUCCAGAUGCUAUUCCUUUACGGAAUAUAACAACUAAGAAUCUUAUUCCACACCUUGUCAAGUUUUUUACACAAUAUGGCAUACCUAAAGUGGUUCAAAUCGACCGUGGUACCAAUUUUACAUCUAAGCUUUUUCAGGAUGUUAUGUUGGCUAUGAGGGUUCACCAUUCUAUAUCUACAGCUUAUCAUCCGCAAAGCCAGGGGGCGCUCGAGCGAUUUCACCGGACACUUAAGGAGGCUCUGACAAAGUACAGCCAUGAACAUCAGAAGGAGUGGGAUGAGGGACUACCAUUUGUGUUGUUCGCCAUAAGAAAUACUCUGCAAGAAAGUUUGGGAUAUUCACCUUCUGAACUACUUUAUGGUAGGAGUGUUAGAGGACCCUUAAAGGUUUUAUAUGACGUCUGGCUUGAAAACCAAGAAUCAGGUAAAGACUUGCACCAAUAUGCUGUUACUCUUGAAAAGCAAUUAGAUGAGGCUCGAGUAUUUGCACAUCAGAAUCUUUUAAAAGCACAAAAAAGUAUGAAGAAAAGGUUUGAUGUUAAAACUGUAACAAAAGAAUUUAAACCAGGGGAUCAAAUUUUAAUGCUUAAUCCCACUAAGAAGUCUUUGGAAUGUCGUUUUGAAGGACCUUAUACUGUAGUAGAGAGACGCUGCAAUAAUGUAUAUGAAAUUGAAACUACUGGUAAAAGGAAAGACCGACAUCUUGUUCAUGUGAAUAGACCAAAGCCUUUUGUGUCAAAGAGCUCUAAAGUAAACCCAACCGUGCUUGCAGCUGUAAACGUUAAAAAUGAUUCAGUUAUUGUUCCAGAGAAUGAUUUUAAAAUUGGUAAUGAUUCUCACCUCUCCAAUUCUGAAGUUUUAAUGAAUAUCUCUGCAAAGCUAACGCAUUUAGGUUCUCAUCAGGCUCAGGAUGUGGAAAGUUUGCUGAAGUCUUUCAGAGAUCUGUGUGGAGAUGUACCAACCCAAACAAAUCUUUUGGAAUAUGCGAUCAUUUUGAAAGACGGAACAACACCAUGCAAGCAAGCACCCUAUAGAGUAUCCCCAUACAAGAGGGCCAUAUUGAGAAAAGAAACUUGGUUUCUACUGGAUAACGACUUGGCCGAACGCUGUGACAGUCCUUGGUCUUCGCCGUGCUUAUUAGUAGGAAAACCCGAUGGAUCAUUUCGACUCUGCACCGAUUAUAGACAGGUUAAUAAACUGACAGUCACAAAUGCAUACCCACUGCCUAGAGGGGAUGAUUCGAUUGAUCAAGUAAGUUCUUCUAAAGUUUGUUACACGUUAUUAGACCUUCUCAAAAGGAGACUACCAAACUUCCUUUUAUCACCAUCUUCAAAACAAAACCCAUUACUGCAUUUGUUACACCCGAGGAUUGUUCCAGUAUAA